AAGACGUGGAACGAUGAAUGACUAAAAUUGGAUGUUUGGAAGUGCUCAGUCAAGUUGACAUUCAAGAAGCUAUACGGCCUUUAUUACCGACAUACUCAAACAAUAAUCAAAAUCGGUCUGAAUUCGCCGGUGUCGGUUUUAGCAUUAGCGUCAGAUCUACGACGAAGAUGCACCGGAAAUGUGGAAGGAGGUUCGAGAUAGAGAAGCGGGUAAACUCCGCCCUUAUUCUUUCGCCAAUCGCAUUAGAUCCAAUCGUGUCGCUUCUCUCCAGCUCUCCAACUACAAAGAGAUCAUCUCAUCCCACUCUGGCGCCAUUAAUACCCUUCAGGUUGAUUUGACAGAGGGAAGGUAUCUGUUAUCUGGAGCAGCUGAUGGAUCAGCUGCUGUUUACGAUGUCCAAUGUUCUACUGAUUAUGAGGGAGGUGGCCUUAUUGCAAAGCACAAGUGCAUACUGUUUGUUGACAAGCAACAUGAGCAUGGCCAUCAAUAUGCUGUAUCCUCAGCCAUUUGGUACCCUGUCGACACGGGGUUAUUCAUCACAGGUUCAUUUGAUCACCAUAUUAAUGUAUGGGAUACAAAUUCUAUGCAGGUGGUAGCGAAUUUUAAAAUGCCCGGAAAGGUUUAUAGGACAGCUAUGUCGUCAAUAGCUACUUCUCACAUGCUGAUUGCAGCUGGAACUGAAGAUGUUCAAGUUCGUUUAUGUGAUAUUGCAUCGGGGGCAUUUACUCAUACAUUAUCUGGACACCGUGAUGGUGUAAUGACAGCAGAAUGGUCUGCUUCUAGUGAGUGGAUUUUGGUUACUGGGGGUUGUGACGGGGCAAUUCGUUUUUGGGACAUCAGGCGUGCAGGAUGUUUCCUUGUGUUAGAUCAGACCCAGACUCAACUUGGGAGACGCCCUCCCCUCCAUGACCAACCAUCCAUGAAAAGCUCAAUAUUGAAGUCCUCACUACCAGGCCAGUCUUCAUUCGGAAAAAACAAGACACUGCACAGGAAAACAGGUAAUGGUGCUCUUUCAAAACAGUUGCCGGCCCUUUGCAAGGUUCCAGGUCAAAUCAAGGGUUCAUCGAGGCAGAGAGUACAUCCAGGGAUGCUGUCUAGCCAUGAUCGUGCAACUGCUCACUAUGGUGCUGUUACUGGGCUCAAAGUAACUGAAGAUGGAAUGUACUUGUUGAGUGCAGGCUCUGAUUCAAGAUUAAGACUCUGGGAUAUUGAAUCUGGCCGUAACACAUUGGUGAAUUUUGAAACUGUCCGCCUACAAACCAGCAAGGCAAUACAGCUAGCAGUAACUCAGGAUUCGGACACCGUGUUUGUUCCGUGCAUGACAUCUGUCAAAGCAUUCGAUGUUUGGUCGGGUCAGACUUCCCUGACAUUUCGUGGCCACUAUGAAUAUGUGAACUGUUGCUCAUUUAAUUCACAAGAACAGGAAUUGUACACCGGUAGUAAUGACAGACAAAUUCUUGUCUGGUCGCCAAGGAAUUUGUUAGUUUCUGAAGUGGAUGAAUCGAGUAGGAAAGGGCAGAUAUUGACAUCUGACCAGGAUAAUUGGAGUGAUUGAUUACCAACUGCAUUUUAGGAACUUGUACAGUCAUUUGUAUCUCCCUUGGGGUUUUUCUCUGGCCUAUUUAUCAACUAUAAUGUAGUUAUUCAUUAGGGAGGUGAGGGGAAGCAAAAUAAAAAAAAAAAGCUGAUUGACCUCUGCCCUAAACUUUUGUAUGUAGCCUAACUAAUUUCCUAGUGAAUGUCAGU